UUACAGGAAAUAUACACAUAUAUAUUAURUUAUAUUAAUAUAUUAUUUACAUUGGUUUUGUAGGUAGUAGAUAAAAUAAUAUUAUGUGUACGACAUUGUUAACGUUAUCUUACAUUAUCAGUUUCCUAAAGUAUGUAUAAAACGGUAUAAAAUACUCAGUGAACGUUUUGACCACGAGUCAAUUGUACCUACUGUUUUUUUUUUUAUAUAUAUAUAUAUUAUUUUCAACAAAAUUGUUUGAAGAUGAAACGAUUUAUUUCCAUAAUUUGGGUAUUCAUCUGCACUAUGGCUGUGUUYCAAAAUGGUGGUGUAUACGCAGGUAAAUGCAUUCUUUGUAAAUUUGGAUCCAUCUUAACAACACCAGUAAAUGUAUCGGUUGCAACAAAAUCAAACAAUGAUAAACUCAAGACGCGCCAUACGAUGACGAUAUCAUUACAAAACUCGAUUUUAGUAAAAACUAGCUUGGACCAUCAUCAUAUUGCUGAAAAUGGAUUUUCGUCAUCCAUAAACACUGUCGAAGAUUUGGUAAAGUUUUGUUCACAGACUUCAUUGGCUGAAUUGUCGCCGGACCACAAAGUAUCGCUCAUUGCGACCAUUACGUCUGUGUACGGUAGUAUGAUGGACCCACCGCCACCCGCCAUAGUCACUUACUUGGUCGGCAUGUUUGCUUGUACUCCAAAAUUGUUCAACACGCUUUCUCAACCGUGCCUAAACUCAGCACUGUCGAUACUGUCGGUUAACCGUUGCGCACUUUGCGAGGUGCCGUCCAAGGACAGGGUCCUGUUCUUGAACGGAUUGCUGUCGCUGUCCGCGGGMGCCCUGAACAGUAUCCCGAGGGGCAGUUUCAUMUCCAUAUUAGGAAUCGUUUCCUCUCCUGAGUUUUUCGUGGAUUUACCACAUCCGUCUGCUAUAAAUUUGAUUACCGCGCUAUCCAUGUCGAAGCCAACGUUCAACUGUUUGCCCAUACCGACUUUACUGUCGUUUCUGACGUUCGUGAGCUGUAAAUCAGAAUUGUUGGUCACGGUGAGCCCGUCCACUGUUUUCGGUUUUCUGGACGGCCUGUUGGAAACGCUUGACGAAUCUUCGCCUUUUCUGGUGAACACGAUACCGACUCCGGUACUAGUCGGCAUCCUUAGCCCCCUAAUGACUUCGCGCAUGUUAAGCGUGAUGCCGAUCAGUACUUUUGAUUUGCUGUGUUCUGUCUUCGGUUCGUCACAGGCGUUAACGAAAGGAUUGCCCGUUACACAUUUCACAUCGAUGUUUAAUGUUUUAAUACCUUCACCGAAAAUAUUGAGUUCAUUAAAUCCCAAUAAUUUUGCGAAAAUGUUAUCCACAGUGGUGACGUGUCCAUCUGUAUUGGACAAUUUUCCUUCGACUUUAAGGCACCAACUGUUUGACUCAAUAACAGUUUACUUACCGAAUUCUUUAGCUUGUAUACCUUCAAACGAUUAUUCAUUAUUGUUCGGGGAUAUCAAUUAAAAAAUA